AUGCUCUGCUAUCCUCUCCUGGAGUUCGUUCGGACCAUUGAGUACGCCGAGCCAUCCGCGGUGCGCCAGUGGCUCACCUACUGGGUCCUCUUUUCCAUCGUCUCCACCCUCGAGCAUUUCCUUGCACCCAUAUUGUCUUGGAUCCCUCUCUAUUCACUUGCAAAGCUAGCUGGGUUCGCGUGGCUGGUUUUACCCAAAUACCAUGGCGCUGCGCUCAUCUACGAUACCUUCGUCCAUCCGUUCCACGUCAAGGCUCUUGGUCGCGCACGCGUGCGCAAGCUCAAGGGGAAGCGCGAGCGGGAGGCUGAAGGUUCUCUAGAGGGGAGGACGGCUGCGGGGGGCUCUGAAGGGAUCUCGGCUGAAGGGACUGGAAAUGAAGGGGGGAUGAGGGCGUGGGGACCGGAGGAGAAACGGGUGGUUGAGUCUUUGGAUGCGCCCACACGCCAGGCGAUGGCUGAGUUUGUGAACGACAAUGGGAUACCUGCUUUUGUCGCUCUUCUUGUGGAGGGUAACAAGCAAGCACGCAAGGGACGCUCGCCCGCAUUGGGCGAUGACCUUGAGACAAGGCUGCGCGUGGGCGUGGCGCUAGGAGUGCUACUGUUGGCGGCUGUUGCGGGCUUGCUAUACGUCUGGCUGGUGCGGCGGCAGCAGAGGGAGGAGGGGGAUAAGAAUCUGGACAGGGGCCGUGCUGCUGUGUUUGCUGCAAUGCACUCUGCAAGUAAGAAUCGCUGGUGGUUUGGCGGAAAGGGGAGUGGAUUGGGGGGGAGUUUGCGGAGUAAAGGGAGCAAGGGGGAGUUGACGAGCAAGCGGAGUGAAGGGGAUACUGGUGCGGAGAAGGAUAGUAAGGAGCUAGGGGAUGUGGGGAGUGCGGAGAGCGGCAAGCUGGUUGAUGGAAAUAUGAUGCAAGGGAUUUCGAGUGAAGUUUUCACAGGGGAGAGCUCGUUAGUGUUCGGCGCCAUUCCUUUCAUCGCCACCGCUGACGCCGCUGCCCCCCCUCCCCCCGCUCCCGCCUCCGCAAACGCCUUCCGCGUCCACUCGCUCCACCCGUCAUUCCCGCCCUCCGCGCUUCACUCGCACUCCUCCAUCUCCGUCCGGAGCCUCCAGCGCACCAACCCUCCCCUUCCGCCGCGCUCGCCGUUCGAACAGGUCGUGCGCGCGGUUCAGCCGCUCGCCUUUAAAACCGCAGCUACCAUCCUCGCCGACCCGUCACGGCAGGGCAAGAACGGCUCCGUGAAUCCCGCCGAGGUUAGCGCCGCAGUUAGAGGGCUGCUUGCAGAGGGGGUCGAGGUCCGCGUGGAGGUAUGGCCGCUCGCCGUAGCGCAAUUGAUGCCGCUCGAGUGGUUCGAGUUCAGCCUUCCGAAAAACGUGACCGUUAAUAGUCAGGUCCCCGCAGGACGCGCGGGCGGAAUUGACACCGUAGUGCUGAUGUAUAUCAGAAUAUUCGCGCCAGACGCGGCCAUUCCCACGCCAGCUUCCUCCACGUGGCCUUUCAGCAACUCCUCGCGCUCCUCCGCGUCUCCCGGCUCGUCGUCGUCUUCCGUCGCCGCGAAGGCAUACCGCCAGCCGAUGAGCUUCGUGUCGCCGCAAGUGGCGCUGCUGACGUACCCCUCGUCCGUGCUCGCGACCACGACCACCGCGGCAAGCGGAAGCGGAAGCAAGGGCGGAAGCGGAAGUGGAAGCGGAAGCGGAAGCAAGGGGGCAGGAGCGACCGCUGCUCAAGUAGGUCCCGGAGGUCCUGGCGUACCCGGCGGCGGCGUGGGCGGAGGCCCUCAGGGCGGGUUGCCUCCCGACAUGCAGCCGCCGUUGGUGCUGGCCGCAGCUUCCGCGAACGAUCCCAUCUUGGUGUAUUUUCCCAUGCCUAUUGUCGUCGACUUGACCACGGGCGGGAACUAUCAAUGCGCGAAUAUUACCGCCAACGGUCAGGUGACUCAAUACGAGCAAGAAGUAGGCGCGAACUCUAACAAGCCCAUCACGCUUUACGUCCCAUGCGCUCUGGCCAACGUUACUAGCAACUACCUCGCGCUUUGCUGGACCAGCACGAAUAUCGCCGCCCCGUCGCCUCCGGUUUUCGCUCCCCCGAGCCCACCCCCCCCGCCGUACGUCCCCCCGCCUCCGCCAUCCCCGCCGGCGUCGCCUCCGCCGCCUCCCCCGGACUCGUCAGUCCCCGCGUGGAAGAUCGCGGUGGGGGUGGUGGCGGGAUUGGUGGCGCUGCUGACGGCGGCGGGACUCGCGGCGCUGGUGUACGUCCGCAUGUCGCGGAAGCAGGGCAAGCAGGACGUGAAUAAGGGCCGCGCCGCGGUUAUUCAGGAGCUGCAUAGAAAGAGCUCGCAGCAAUGGGCUUUAACUGCUAUUCUCGGAUGCGGCCCGAGCAGCGCACCCCUCUCGAGACCUCAAAGCAGAGGGGGGAGAGGCGCAGGGAGUAGUGGCAGCGGACGGGGAGCAGGAGCAGGGGUGAUGAAUGAAAAUGGGGUGGUGAGAGGGGAAGGGAUGGCUCCUUCAGGAUCAGAAGUGGAUGACACGCAGUGA